CAGGCGCAGCGGCGACAGGCCCGCGCCGUGGAGCCCUGGUUCGGAAGCAGGCACAAGGCCGCCAGGAAGCAGCACCCUGAUCUUCGGGGCCGGCCCGCGAUGCAGCUCGUCUGCACGUGCAGGCAUGUUUUUCGCGAGUUCGCGCCCCUGGUGUACUCGCGCAGGAUGGUCUGUCUGGAUGCCGGUGCCGAUAUCAGUCUGUCGCGUCUCGACGGACUGCUGCGAACGCGGAAGGGGGGAAGAGGAAGAGGAGAAGGAGGAGGAGGAGCAGGAAGCAGCGGCAUGGCGACCGAGCUAGCCUCGCCCCUAGAGUUCAUCACCAGCAUGGACAUCCAUAUUCUCACACCGGCCAGGCCGCGCGAGCACGGACGCUGGUUGGGCGCGCUGAAAAGCAUGGCCGACAAGUCACCCCAGCUGCGGCGGCUCAAGUUCACGUUCAGGCACGACCACUACCGCCGGCAGUGCAGUCUCGGCGUAUUUCAUGACGACCAGUAUUUCCAGAAGUCCAGCAGAGGCUCGGAGGCCCUGGUGCGCUGGGGCCGUCACGGCGGCCACCCGACCCCGUUCUGCUGUGUUGAGCUCGCGAGAGAUGCCGCGCUCGCCAAGGCGGUCGUGGGGUUCCGCGGGCUCGACAGGCUGGUCAUCCAGGCGUGCUAUUCGAGGAUAUGGCCCGAGGUGCUGGACGAACGGGUCGACCCGGCGCUUGACUUGUUCCAUGUUACUUUCUUUCAUACGAUUCCGGACGACGAGGGGCAUUUUAAUUCUGCAAAGGUGCUGAAGGUGGAUUAUCGGAGGCGCGGGACCGAGGUGAAUACACAUGGUGCAAUAUCAGAGCAAGACUUGGUGACUCCGGGCAACGCGGGUACGCCGACAUCGUUUGGGUGUCGACUCGGGCCUGUGCAACGUUACGCGCACUCCAUAGGAUUCUAUGUGUGAUAGCUUGGGGCUUUUACAUGUGCAUAUUUAGUUCACGGGCAUAGGCAUAACGUCCGUAACACCGACCAAAGUGGACAAUUGUGCUCUGGGCUCACCGAAUGGUCAUCCGCCAAGGCAGUACAACUUCAUAGCUGAUUGUAUGUCAAGUUGACGAAGUGGUUACAGCCAGCAAGAAGAAAACUCCAAAAGCC